AUGGCCGUUGCCCUAUCAGUCCAUCAAAAAAUUGAAGCCGGAGAAAGGGUCAAAAUCGCCGAAAUCGCAAGGAACCAGGAGUUGAACUAUCAACGCCUCCGAAACAGUGUCAUGGGAGAAGCCUCACGUUCAACCCGGAAACGCGUCGGUUUACGUCUCAGUGACGCGCGGUAUGAGGUCCUUUUUGAGUAUAUCGACUUCGGUGCCGACUGCGGGCCGCCGCCGGAGCAUCUGUACAAAAUGGAGAGGUUUGAGCGGUGGUUUGUCGGGUACCAGAAGGAGUGUUUGGGGUACGGGCGCGAGGAGUGGAGGGAUGUGGCGCCUUUGUAUUAG